AUGGCAGUGGAUGAGAUUACAACUCCUAACAAAAAAUUAAUCCGAGAAUAUCAUUAUAAUUGUCCAUGGUGUACAGAUUUAUCACAAAGCAAGUCACGGACAAUUUGGGGCAUGCCAACUUUUAAGCCAAUUUCACGGGAUAAAUAUUAUAUAGAAGAUAUCUAUGGAACAUUUAUGAUUUCUGAUCGAGCUAGCAUUGGAAGUGGAUUAGCAGCUAGCUUGACAGUUGGAAUAUUUUUUUUAAUAUUUUUGGUAACAAUUGUAUGUCGGAUGUAUAGCGGUCGAUUAGAGCAACGCAUGGGAAGUGAACAAGUAGAGCAACGAGUACAAGAAAUGGUAGUGCAUACAGAAGACUACGGAAUGGCCAAUUUAUCUGUUUGCAGUAUGCCACCUAGUGAGCCACCUCCACCAUACGAAGUUGCAAUAAGAAUGCCAAGAUUUGAAGAGCCAUCAACAGUAAUAAACUGUUUCGAUCCAGACGGACGACAACAAGCUAGCUAG